CAAAACUCGAAGAAGAAAAAGAAAGAUGGCGCAUAGCUAGCUAGCUAGCUUCACACAAACAGCUCGACGACUUUCAGCAUUCGUCUUCUUUUAAACAUCGUUUUCACACCGGAGCUUUUUUACCGGCUGACGUUAGAAAGCUACCGCGACGGUUACGCGACACGAUUCGGUGUUUACUUUGAGAAGACGCCCCGAGCGUUUCCACCAUGUCGCACAACUACCCCUACAGACCGCCUCCGUCCAACUCCGAUCACCGACCCGAUCCCGGACCUUCUGGCUCUAUGGGCCGCCGGCCGGCCGGCGAUUUUUACAGGCCGCCUCGGGAGUCCUUCUCCGCGCCCCACCCGCCCUCGUCCUUUUCCUCCAGAGGGGCCCAGUGGUCGCAGGACGGCGCCCUCGGCAUACUGGACAGCUGCGGCCUGGAGCCCGCCGACCUGGCGCUGCUGGCCGAACUUCCCGAAGACGUCCUCACCGUCGAGUCGCUGCCUCGAGUCCUCAAGCAGAUCAAAGGAAAACGGGGCACCGUCAAACCUUUCACCCCCGAUACUCCUUCUCCUUCUUACUCCUCUUCUUCUUCUUAUGCCCCGAGCUACUCCCGUCGUCCCGCCGCCAACCCCACCGCCGGCGGCCGGGAUCAUCCCCGCGGUCAGCCGCUCCAGUACCCUCUAGACCAGGUAACACCUGGUCCUCUUUCAUCUGAGCUUGACCGCUGGGGGAAUCCCAGGACCUGCACCUCGGUCAGAAAAGAGCUACCGUCAUUGUUGUCGAUCUCCAGCUUUGAGGUGGACUACAACUACAGACCAGGACCCUCUGAUAAUGGUAAGAUGGGCAGAGACGCCAGUCCAGUGUUCUCUCAGGACUACAACCACAGACCAGGACCUUCUGAUUAUGGCAAGAAGGGCAGAGACACCAGUCAAGUGUCCUCUAAAGACUACAACCACAGACCAGGACCUUCUGAUUAUGGCAAGACGGGUAGAGACACUAGUCAAGUGUCCUCUCAAGACUACAACCACAGACCAGGACCGUCUGACUAUGGCAAGACGGGUAGAGACACUAGUCAAGUGUCCUCUCAAGACUACAACCACAGACCAGGACCGUCUGAUUAUGGCAAGACAGGUAGAGACACUAGUCAAGUGUCCUCUCAAGACUACAACCACAGACCAGGACCUUCUGAUUAUGACAAGACAGGUAGAGACACUAGUCAAGUGUCCUCUCAAGACUACAACCACAGACCAGGACCUUCUGAUUAUGACAAGACAGGUAGAGACGCAGGUCCACUUUCCUCCCAGGACUACAACUACAGACCAGGACACUCUCACUAUGGUGAUGCCAGUCCAGUGUCCUCUCAAGACUACAACCACAGACCAGGACCUUCUGUUCAUGGCAAGAAGGGCAGAGACACCGGUCCAGUGCUCUCUCAGGACUACAACCACGGAACAGGACCCUCUAGGUACGGUAAGACAGGCAGAGACACCGAUCCGGCGUCCUCUCAGAACCGACCCUCUUUCAGCUCUGCAGGAAGACCCAAGAGAACUCGUGCUUCCCGGUUCUCUCAGCCGGAACCAUCUGGUCACAUGUCGGCGCCUCAUCCCGAAGAGCACCAACCAAAAACUCGUGGGGCGCGCUAUGAGUCUGGGAGCUCCUCCAUCAGCAGCAGCAGCCGCCCCGCCGCCGCCUCCUCCACCGCCUCCUCCUCCGCUUCCUUCUCGUUGCCCUCAAAGAAAGAAGCUCUGGACUUCCACGGGACGUCUCCUCCGGGGUUCCCGUACUCGUGCUCUCUGUGUGAUAUCACUGUGAUGUCAGAGAAGGUGUGGAUCAAACACAUAAACGGGCCUCACCAUGCAGACGGACAGCUCGGCAUGCUGCAGCAGUUUCCUAACUGGGACUGUCGCUUGGAGACCAUCAACAGGCCCGACGACCAAUCGGAGCAGAAGAAUGAUGAAGGAAAGACCGCCCAGCAGCCACAGACGGCCAAUCAGAGCUCCUCCAACCUACCGUCGUAUAAAAAAAACCCAAUCAAGGCGUCAGAGAAAAGCAAAGUGGUGUGUGUGAGGUUUCCGGCUCAGUCCGUGGACGAGGCGUACCUCAGGAAGCUGACUGAACCGUUUGGAAAGAUCGUCACGGUCCUCAUGUUCCCGUCUCUGGCGUUUGUGGAGCUGGGGACCAUCGACCAGGCCAAGGACUUGGUGAAGCACCACGAGAACUCUCCUCCCACCGUGAACGGAGGGAGGAUGGAGUUCACCAUCUCCAACACCUUCAACUUCCUCCAGAGUUCUCGGGUGGUGAGCUUCUCUCCGGCUCCGGCGGGAGACGACAGCCAAUCGGAUCUCUUAGCCGCUGUCAAGCGCUUCGGCUCGCCGCUGUACUUCCUGUUCCUGCCGUCGACGGCCUUCGUGGAGAUGAAAAAUAGUCCCGAUGCUCAGAAGUUGGUGGAUUAUUAUUCCUCCAAAACUCUGACGAUCAACAACUCGUCCAUCAAAGUGUCUUUCUCUGGAGAGUUCAAGAGCCUCAUGCGGGUCGCUGCAGCUAAGAGGUACGAAGAGGACACGCCUCCCACCAAAAGGAGGCGGAGCUCCAGCCGAGAGAAUGACGACGAGACGAAGAGAAAGAGGAGGAUCAGGGAGGACAGGGGGAAGGAGGAGGAGAAAGGAGAGAAAUCCAGCUCCGAAAAGAGAACCAGGUCCAGAUCCAGAGAUGCAGCUAAAGACAAGUCCAGCAAAGAGGAGAGGUCCAGGUCCAGAGAUAAAUCCAGCAGGGAAAACACGACCAAAACCAGAGAAAAGUCCACGACAGAGACAAGUACAAGAACCAAGUCCGGAUCUAGAGAGAAGUCCAGCAGAGAGGGGCGGUCCAGGUCUAGAGACAAGGCGACCAGGACCAGGACCAGGUCUAAAUCCAGAGAAAAGUCCACAAAAGAGAGACGCACCAGAUCCAGGUCCAGCAGAGGGACCAGGUCCAGAUCAAGAGAAAAGUCGAUUGUGCCGGAGAAAACAGAGACGGCGACUGACUCUGAGUCCAGGACUGAUCCGGAUCCGGCUUCUGUCCAAGACUCCAAACCUGAAGACAAAGCAGCCACUGAGGAAGAGGCGGAGGAGGAGGAGGAGGAAGAGUCGUCUGCAGAGGAAAGCGACAUCGAGGGGAUGGAGGUGAUCGGAGAGAGUCUGGAGGACGAAGCUCUGGACGAUGAAGAGGAAGAGGAAGAGGACCGUCCCGCAGAGAGAACAGACUCACCGAAAGAAGAUGAAGAGGAGGAAGCGAAGGAUGAAGAGGCUCACGAUCGGGAGAGAGUGAUGGAGAUAAAGAAGGAAGCGGAGGACGAGGAGAAACCAGACUUCCCUUUAGACCUGGAGGACUGCAUCACUCUCGACGAACUGGGAGAAGACCAGUCUGAUGACACAGAUAAAGAAGUCGAAGAAGAUGAAUCCAAACCGUUGUCCACCCGAGUGGUUACCUUCUUCAGCCUCCCGCUGGGUCCCUACAAGAACGCCGACUUCGUGAAGCUGGUGACGGAUUUCGGGACGCCGGUGAAGUUCUACUGGGUCCGCGGACGCAGAGCGGGUUUCAUCGAGAUGUCGACUUCUUCUGAGGCUCUGAGAGUCGUCCGAGAGCUGAAGAAUAACCCCGGCUUCAUCAACGGCAACAAAGUCUACGCAUACCUCUCCAACCGAUACAAUCGUCUCCCCGACGGGCAGUCGACUCGGUGGCCCAAGGAUGGGGGGAGAGACGGCAGCAGUGAAAGCAGCAGGAAGAGGAGGAGGAGGGGGAGGAGACUAGAAGAGGACGAAUCUGAUGAGCGGACGUCUCAGGGGAGCAAGGAGUCCUUGAAGAAGACUCCAGAGGAAGAGCCGAUGUCUAAAAGGACGAGAGAGAAAGAGUCGACCUCUAAAAAGACUGAUACUGAAGAGAGAGAGUCAACAUCCCACGAUACCCAAGAGUCGACAUCUAAAGAGACUCUAGAGAAAGAGUCAACGUCUAAAAAGACUCCAAAAAAAGAGUCAACGUCUAAAAAGACUCCAAAGAAAGAGUCAACGUCAAAAGAGACUCCAGAGAAAGACUCGCCCAAAGAGACUAAAGAGAGAGACUUGUCUAAAGAGACUGAAGAGGAAUACUCGUCUGAAGAGAAGGACUCGUCUAAAGAGAAAGGCUUGUCUAAAGAGAUUCAAGGGAAAGACUUGUUUAAAGAGACUCAAGGGAAAGACAGGUCUAAAGUCACUCAAGAGAAAGACUCAUCCAAAGAGACUAAAGAGAGAGACUCGUCUAAAGAGACUCAAGAGAAAUACUCGUCUAAAGAGACUCAAGGGAAGGACUUGUCUAAAGAGACUCAAGAGAAGGACUCGUCUAAAGAGACUCAAGAGAAGGACUCGUCUGAAGAGACUCAAGAGAAGGACUCGUCUAAAGAGACUCAAGAGAAGGACUCGUCUAAAGAGACUCAAGAGAAGGACUCGUUUGAAGAGACUCAAGAGAAGGACUCGCCUGAAGAGACUCAAGAGAAGGACUCGUCUAAAGAGACUCAAGAGAAGGACUCGUCUAAAGAGACUCCAGAGAAGGACUUGUCUAAAGAGACUCCAGAGAAGGACUCGUCUAAAGAGACUCAAGAGAAGGACUCGUCUAAAGAGACUCAAGAGAAGGACUCGCCUGAAGAGACUCAAGAGAAGGACUCGUCUAAAGAGACUCCAGAGAAGGACUUGUCUAAAGAGACUCCAGAGAAGGACUCGUCUAAAGAGACUCCAGAGAAGGACUCGUCUAAAGAGACUCAAGAGAAGGACUCGUUUGAAGAGACUCAAGAGAAGGACUCGCCUGAAGAGACUCAAGAGAAGGACUCGUCUAAAGAGACUCCAGAGAAGGACUCGUCUAAAGAGACUCAAGAGAAGGACUCGCCUGAAGAGACUCAAGAGAAGGACUCGUCUAAAGAGACUCCAGAGAAGGACUUGUCUAAAGAGACUCCAGAGAAGGACUCGUCUAAAGAGACUCAAGAGAAGGACUCGUCUAAAGAGACUCCAGAGAAGGACUCGUCUAAAGAGACUCCAGAGAAGGACUCGUCUAAAGAGACUCCAGAGAAGGACUCGUUUGAAGAGACUCAAAAGAAGGACUCGCCUGAAGAGACUCAAGAGAAGGACUCGCCUAAAGAGACUCAAGAGAAGGACUCGUCUGAAGAGAAGAAAAACUCUGCUGAGAAGGAGUCUGCUGCUAAAAAAGCUCUGGAAAAAGAGUCUGUCUCUAAAGUGAGUCCAGAAGACAACCUCUUAAAAAAAAAAGGGACUCGUAAGAACGAGUCGACGAACGAUGACAAACAAAAGUUGGCGAUCCACAAAACGGAAGGAACGACCAAGAAGACUUCAGAGACGGACGAGCGUAAAGACGAAGAGUCCUCCGAAGUUCAGGGGGAGACAUCUGAACCAGGACUGAAAGGUUCAGAGAGUCCCGAUCAACCAGACUCUACUGGAGAUUCUACAAAACCACAAACUGAACAGAAAGCUGCUGUUGAUCGGCUGCAGGACUCGGAGGCAACGCUACAAGUGCAGCAACAAUCUGGAUCCGCAGGAAGCGCUGAUGAGCAGCAGGAACCCACAAGACCUGUCGGAACGGAGUUUGUUCGCCCGGUCGUCGGUUACUUCUGUAACUUGUGUCAGCUGAUCUACGCCGACGAGGACGAAGCCAAGCAGCAGCACUGCAGCACGCUGACGCACUACAGGAAGUACCAGGAGGAGACGGGUAAAGAUCCGUGGGCGAGCUGAACACACAAACACUUUGAUCGUGUUUUAUUCUGAUUUAUUGAGCAACUAUAUAAAUUAUAGAAGUUACUUUACGUGCAACUUCUGAACCUUUUUGUAAUUUACCCUGAAAUCGCAUUUGAGGAGGAAAGAAAACUUGUUUUUAAUUUUUUAUUCCUCCGCAAAAAAUAUUCAGUUUUUUUUGCUCAAGGACACAAAAGCUUUUAUGUUUAAUUUAUGAUUGUGCGAUGCAUUAAUAAUAGAAAAGAGACCAGAAAUCAGAGCAGCAACAUACAUUUUAAAAUGAUUUGUUCUCUGAGCUUAGAAACAAAGAAAAUACAUAUAAAAUGUCGGUAAUUAAAUUUUUUAAGCGUCACAUUUCUGUAUUUGAAGAAGAAAAUGUGAUUUCAUUUUUUUUCCUAACAUCAAGACCUUUUGACACAGAAAAUAGGUUCGUAAUUGUUUUAUUUUGUUUUACUUUCGCCCAUUUUUCUUCAAAUCUUUCAAGUGAACCUGCUGAGAUAUUAAUUCCAGCUUAAAUUCAUCGAAAGUAAUACAUAAAAAAAAUCGGCUGAAAGAAAAUGAACAUUAAAGCUGCUGUUUUGUGUUCAUGUUUUCUAAUGUAAUAAAUAAAUCUAUGAAAACAACAAAUGUAAAAUUACUUCCUAAUAAAAACAGUUUCAGAAAUCC